AUGGAUGGAAAAGAAACAUAUGAACAUUGGAAUGAUAUUGAUUCCGGUGAGGAAAUCGUUAUUUCUGGCAUUGCUGGCAGAUUUCCUGAUUCAAAUAAUAUGAAACAUUUUAAAGAAAAUUUAUUUAAUAAAAUUGAUCUUGUAAAAGCAGAUCAUAACCGAUGGGAAAUAGAGCAUGCAGAAUUUUCACGCCGUAUGGGUACUGUCAAUAAUAUAGAAAAAUUUGAUGCGGACUUUUUUGGAUUGUCUUUUGAGCAAGCACACACGCUUGUACCCGAAGCAAGAAUGUUAUUGGAACAUUCUUAUGAAGCAAUUAUCGAUGCGGGGAUCAAUCCAAAGCAAUUACAAGGAAAAAAUACUGCCUUAAUUAUAGGGGCAUCUUGUAUUGAAUCACAAGAAAGGUUCAUGUUUAAGGACAUUCAGUUAAGAGAUCAGAACGUUUUUGGAUACCAUAAAUCUGCAACGGCAAAUAUGAUUUCGUACUGCUUGGAUCUGAAAGGACCAUCUUAUACCAUCGAUACAGCAUGCAGUUCUAGCCUUCAUGCUAUGGCUGUUGGAUAUGAUUAUAUCAAAUCAGGAAAAUGCGAAGACGCAAUAAUUGGAACAGCACAAUUAUGUCUUUAUUCCAUGAUAAAUCUGCAAUUCGCUCGACUUGGUGUUUUGGCACCCAAUGGUUGUUGCAGACCAUUUGAUAUCGGUGCUAACGGUUAUUCGCGUAGCGAAACAAUUGCAGCAGUAUACCUUCAAAAAGCAAAAAAUGCUAAGAGGAUUUAUGCCAUAUGUCCGCAUAUUAAACUAAAUAGCGAUGGUUACAAAGAAGAAGGAAUAACAUAUCCUUCAUCACAAAUGCAAUGUACCUUACUAAAGGAAUUUUACGAAGAAUGCAAAAUACCAACAUCUUGUUUGGAUUAUGUCGAAGCACAUGCUACUGGCACCAAAGCUGGUGAUCCACAGGAAGUUGAAGCUAUCUAUAACAGUUUGUGUAAAAAUAGAGAAACUCCAUUAAUGAUCGGUUCCGUGAAAUCUAAUCUCGGGCAUUCCGAGUCUGCAAGUGGUUUUAAUCAGAUCGCUAAGGUAAUAAUAGGAUUCGAAACUGGUUUUGUUCCACCAAAUAUCAAUUAUACAUCGCCAAGAAAAGAUAUAGAUGCCUUAUUAAAUGGGAGCGUUCGUGUCAUCCAAGAACAAAUGCCACUCAAAAACGGUUAUGUAGCAAUUAAUAAUUACGGUUUUGGAGGAUCGAAUGCUCAUAUGUUAUUGAAGUGGAAUUCCAAACAGAAAAUUAAUAAUGGAGCACCAAAUGAUGACUUACCUAGACUUGUCAUAUUAUCUGGACGUACUGAAGAAUCUGUGAAGUUAUUUUUAAAUGAUAUUGCUAACCAUCCAAUAGAUGUAGAAUAUAUUCGUCUGUUACACGAUAUUCAUGCAGACAAUAUAAAGGGCCAUCCAUGGAGAGGGUAUAUAAUACUGAAUUCUUGCCAACAAAAUUCAAUAAAGGAAAUUCAAAAUUAUGAACGCGUCAACAGACCUGUCUGGUUUAUAUUUUCAGCCUUAGGUUCGCACUGGCCAGGAAUGGGUCGAAAUUUAUUAAAGUUCCAUGUCUUUGCAAAAACGAUAAGAAAGUGCAAUGAUGUUUUAAAGCCGUAUGGUAUAAGUAUCAUGGACAUUAUAACAAAAAUGGAAGAAAACAUAAGCGAAAACAGGUUAAACAUUUUUCUUGGAAUCGUCGCCAUUCAGAUUGGCUUAGUAGACCUCCUAACAUCUUUAGGAAUUACACCUGAUUACAUGAUUAGUCACUCUACCGGUGAACUUGGUUGUGCAUACGCAGAUAAGUGUCUCACUAUUGAACAAACUAUUUUAUCAGCAUACUUCAUUGGUUUGGCAUGUACCGAAGGAAAAGUAAUUCAUAGCUCGAUGGCGGUUGUCAAUACCAAUUACGAGCAUCUUAAAAAUAUAUGUCCAGCGAAUAUUGAAAUAAUAUGCUACAAUAGUGAGAACAGCAACGUCAUAUGUGGACCAAAGGAAUCCAUAGAAGAAUUUAUGAAAACAUUACAGGUCAACAAUAUUUACGUGAAGAAGAUCAACUGCAACAUACCGUUUCACAGUUCUUACAUCGCAUCCGCGGAAAGUCAGCUUUUGCUUAGUCUAAAUAAAAUAAUACCAUGCCCCAAAAAACGAAGUUCAAAGUGGAUCAGCACUUCUAUACUUCGCACCGAAUGGUUUACUUCGGCAUCAAAGUUAUCGUCAGCGGACUAUCACACACGAAGUAUAUUGAACACAGUCCUCUUUUCACAAACAACGGAACUAAUUCCAAGUAACGCUGUGGUCAUCGAAAUCGCACCAGACGAUGUUCUGCAGCACGUUUUGAGAGAAUCCCUACAUCCAAACAUAACGAACCUUGUAUUAACUCGACGCGCCGAACAAAACAUUGAUAUAUUUUUACAAGGAAUUGGAGAGUUGUAUAAUUGUGGUUUACAGCCACAAAUUGCCAAAUUAUACCCACCAGUGCAAUUUCCAGUUGGCCGAGGAACUCCUAUGAUUUCUCCAUCAAUCAGGUAGAUAUCAUUGUAAUCGUAAUUUUGAUGACGUCUAAAUAAGAAAACAACAUGAAAACGUACGAGACUAAUGUAAGAAAUUGAAAAAUAAACUUUUCAAGAAAACGCAAAGGAAAACCACGGAGUUACUCUCUUGCCCGUUCGAAGGUUAAAUAAUUAUAUUUUUAUUCUUUGGAAAACAAUUGGCUUGAUAAAAGGGUUAAUGUACACAACAAUACCGAUAGUUUUCCGAGAUGUAAAAUUUAUCCGUGCUAUUUAUUUGUCGAAAAAUGAUACUGUGGAACUAUAUAUUGCAAUACAAACAGAUGGAAAGUUUGAAAUAACGGAAGGAGAUAGCGUUGUUGUCACAGGUACAGUGUAUGAGACAUUGAAUCCAGAACAAGAAAUGAUUCCGACAGAUCUAUUACCAAAGACUAGUGAUGUUGAUGAAGAUAUGACUGCACGAGAUAUCUACAAAGAGUUGAAAUUGCGUGGAUACCAGUACAGGGGUUUAUUUCGUGGAUUAAGGAGUGUCUCUGUUUCGGGAACCCAAGGACAUAUCGCUUGGAAAAGUAAUUGGGAAACAUUUAUGGACAUGAUGUUACAAAUGCUACUUAUCCGAUAUGACACCAGGGAUUUGUAUGUUCCAACGAGUAUACAAAAAUUAGUCAUCAAUCCAGUGCUUCAUGCUUCGAAGCUACGGGAAAGCACAGAUAAUACAAAAGUUACAACAGAUAUGGAAAAACUAUUACAGGUACGACUAUACAAAGAGAUAGACACGAUAAAAGCUGGUGGUAUAGAAAUUCAAGGACCGAAAUCUACUCAGAUCUCUCGUCGGCAAUUAGCCCAAGAUGCUGUUAUCGAGGAACAUACGUUUGUAGCUCACUGUGAUCGCACUAAUAUUUCCUUGAACGAAGCAAUUCGGUUAUCUGCUCAACUCGUACUGGAAGAUCAUCAAAUUAUAAAAGUGCAAGCCGCUGAACUAGUAGAAGAUGUCGAUGAUGUUGAAUUAGAAUAUCUUUCAUCUUCGUUGCUACUCGAAGCAUUUCGUGAUAUACCACUGAUACAAGUGAAUGUCACUCUAUUAACAUCAUCAAAUCGUUUCAAGCCAGAAGACUUACCGCAAAACUUCUCAAUCAAAAAUUUUGAAAAAUCAUCUUUAGAUGACAAAACUUUAAUUAUUGCUGGAUUCAAUCUUUUGACCAAACAACAUACAUCGUUACAGCGACUGUUGCCAUUUUUAGGAAAGGGUGGUUAUCUGUUGACGCGUGAGAAGUGCGACUUAACUGAUUAUAAAAAACAUUUGGAGCAGUACGAAUUAAACGUUAUACUCGAAAAACGUACUGAUAAAGAACUAAUUGUGCUUCUAAAAAAAAAAGUAUCGAUAAGAGAAAGGACUGUUGUUUACAUAAGUAAUGAUAACUUUAAUUGGCUGGAGAAUCUAAAGUCGCUUUUGAGCGAUGAGAACAAGCUUAACAAAAAUAGUAGAAUUAUAAUUGUGGGAGAGAAAAAUUUUGAGUGCGGUUUAUUGGGUUUUAUUAACUGCUUGAGAAAAGAGCCAUGUGGCGAAUUUGUUAGGGGUGUGCUCCUUCAAGAUGAACAGGCACCUAAAUUCUCUCUUCAAGACCCCUUCUAUCAAGAACAAUUACAGAAAGAUAUGACCAUUAAUGUGUUGCGAUCUAAUAAAACUUGGGGAUCGUACAGACAUUUAAAAUUGCCGCGACCCGAAGCCAUAUCUGUACCUACCGCUCAUGUCUGUCAAAGGAUUCGAGGAAAUUUAAGUACAUUCUAUUGGGUAGAAAAUAAUUUAUCUGUUGUGUCUUGUCGUGAGGAUUUAGUGCACGUUGUCUACUCAUCUUUGAAUUUUAAAGAUAUAAUGCUCGCCACUGGUAAAUUGACAAUUCCAAAUACGAGUUUAAAAGGACGAUUGUUUCAGUAUGUUCCUCUUGGAAUGGAAUUCGUGGGUUUCGAUGCUAACGGACAACGUAUAAUGGGAAUUCGUGACACUGAUUGCAUAGCAAACGUCGUUACGAAGGAUAAAAAUCUUUGUUGGAAGAUACCCGACGUGUGGACAUUUGAAGAAGCGGCAUCAGUCCCGUGUGUUUACAGCACGGUUUAUUUAUCCUUAUACAUUUAUGGAAAAAUGAAAAAGGGCGAUAAAAUACUUAUACAUUCUGGUACUGGAGGUAUUGGACAAGCAGCUAUUCAUCUCGCUCUUAAAGAAGGAUGCGAGGUGUUUACUACCGUCGGCACAAGUGACAAACGGAGCUUUCUUAAGAAAAUGUUUCCGAUCAUUCCGGAUGAUCAUAUUGGAAAUUCUCGAGAUACAAGUUUUGAACACAUGGUUAUACGCCAAACGAAAGGGCGCGGCGUCGAUAUUGUGCUAAAUUCAUUGGCGGAAGAAAAGUUAAUCGCGUCUGUUCGAUGUUUAGCUCAAAACGGUCGAUUCUUAGAGAUUGGAAAAUUUGAUCUUGUAUCUAAUAAUUCCCUGAAUAUGUCCGAGUUUAAUAAAGGAAUUAGCUUUCAUGGAAUUCUACUGGAUAAUAUGUUCACUGGUGAUCACAAAUAUAAAUUCCUAUUGUUCAAAAUGGUAGCCGAUGGUUUAAAAAAUGGAACAAUCAAACCAAUUCAAGCAAAAAUUUUUCCAAAAACUGAUAUUGAAGAAGCUUUCAGGUUUAUGGCCAGCGGGAAACACACGGGAAAGAUAAUUAUAAAUAUUCAUGAGAAGGAUGAACCUUUAGAUAAGCACAUUCUUGCGUAUCGUCGCUAUUAUUGUCUCAAAGAUAGGAGUUACAUUAUACUAGGAGGCCUGGGCGGAUUUGGUUUAGAAUUAACAGACUGGCUUAUAUUUCGUGGUGCCAGAAACAUUGUUCUGAUUUCAAGAAAUGGAAUAAAAAACGGUUACCAACGUAUGAAAGUUCGAUUGUGGAAAUCGUAUGGCGUAAAUGUUCUGAUCAUCAAGAAUAUCGAUGUUGCUGACCUCAAAGAUUGCGAAUAUCUUUUAAGGACUGUAGAAAAAGAAGCUCCGGUGGACGCUAUAUUCAAUCUGGGUGUGGUACUGAGGGAUGGCGUCCUCAAAAAUCAAUCCGCACAAACAUUUUCAGAGUCCUUCCAAUCGAAGGCUCGUGCAACGCAAAUGCUGGACAAACUUUCUAGGAAAAUCUGUCUUAACCUUCGACAUUUUGUGGUGUUCUCUUCCGUUUCCUGCGGCAGAGGAAACGCUGGCCAGACGAAUUAUGGCAUGGCCAAUUCCAUUAUGGAGAGAAUUUGCGAGAAGAGAGUGGAGGAAGGAUUACCAGGGUUAGCGAUUCAAUGGGGAGCUGUGGGUGACGUGGGUCUUGUCGCUGAUAUGCAGGAGGAGGAUAAGGAAUUAAUCAUUGGUGGUACUUUGCAGCAAAAGAUUUCCUGCUGUCUCGAUGAGCUCGAUAAGUUUUUACUUCAAAAUCGGCCGAUUGUGAGCAGCAUGGUCGUAGCUGAAAAAAAAAUUGGAUGUCAAGGAAAUCUGGUAGAAACAGUUGCUAAUAUUUUAAACAUAAGUGACAUAAAAGUUGUAAGUCCAAAUUCAUCUCUUGCCGAACUUGGAAUGGACUCCAUGAUGGCUGUAGAAAUCAAGCAAACUCUGGAACGAGAAUUUGAUAUAUUUGUCACAGCACAAGAGAUACGAAAUCUUACUUUCGCAAAACUCAUUAAGAUGUCUAUUACAAGCAUCGGUGACAAUGAUGUGGAUGAUGAUAAGAAAUUUGACAUAGAGAAGUCAGACGGUUUAAAACUUUUAGUUGGUAUUACAUUAAAAAAUGAAGACUUUGUUUCCCCAACAGAUUUUUCAACUAACAGACAGAACACUACGACUGAAGUAUUUCUUAUACCGGGUAUUGACGGAUGUGGUCCUGUAUUUAAAACCAUAAUACCAUGUAUUAAAUAUUCAACAUCAGUUUUGCAUUAUACGACAAAUAACAUCAAUUCUACAAAUAUGAUAUUGGAAACGACUAAUCAACUCACAAACCAUAUACUUUCAAUACUAACAAAUAGAAAAGAUUUUGUAAUGGUAGGGUAUUCCUUCGGAUCUCUUAUCGCAAUUGAAGUAACAAGGAGAUUGGAAGCUAUGAAUUUUAAAGGUCGACUUGUUCUCAUCGACGGUGCUCCUGACCUUUUGCGAACAAUAAUCAAAUCUUUUGAAUCUGAGUUUGAUGAUACAAAUUUUCAGAUUGAUGUAUUAACUAAUAUUAUGGAAAUCUAUUCACCAGGAAGUUCUGAAAAGAUUUCAAUGGAAUUGAAAAAAUGUGAGAGCUGGAACGAAAGAAUUAAUAUUUUCGCGGAACAGUUCUCAGUUAUAUAUACAUAUCUGUCACCUGCAAAUUUAAAGACGCUUGUUACAACGAUUUACAAACAUUUAUCCGCUCUUCGAGAAUAUGAUCCUUCUACUUUGCCGCCUAUUAAGUCUCCCAUAACGUUACUAAAAUGUAUAUCCUCGUUUAAUAUACCAACAAUUAGAGAAGACUAUGGUUUGAACAAGGUAACUCAAAAUGUGAUAAAAAUACAUUAUCUUGAAGAUGAUCAUGUGACGAUCUUGAAGAAUAAAAAAGUAGUGGCUGCAAUUAACGGAGAACUACCAUUUACAGUUUGAUAUUUUAGUUUUUAAAUC